UCCAUGAAACCGAAAGAGACUCGCUCUCUGGUUGGCGGUACUUCCUUCCCUGGGUUAUAUGUUAAACGUGCUGUUGCCUUGUGCGAGCAGCUAGCUAGGUCAAUACGGGAAAGGGGGGGAGCGUGGAAAAGUAUUUGCAGCUGACUGAGGCCAACUGGGAAACGGUGUUCAUUCACUAGCUGAACGGGGGAGGCGGGUAGCUAACGUUAGCAUAGCUAGCUGCAUCAAGUGAGUAUGGCAGCCAUUGUAUAUCGAUCCAAGCUGCGUUUUCGGCGAACUGUCUGAAAUCACAUUUUGGCAAGAAUCAAAUGCUUAGGUUUCAGAUUUUAAGAUGUCCCACUCGUCAUCACGUGGCUCCUCGCGCAACACUGACUGCAAGGUCUAUGUGGGUGACUUAGGCAACGGGGCUGCUAAGGGGGAGUUGGAGCGGGCGUUCAGCUACUAUGGACCUCUGCGCAGCGUCUGGGUGGCCAGGAACCCUCCUGGCUUUGCCUUCGUCGAGUACGAAGAUCCCAGAGAUGCUGAGGAUGCGACGAAGGGCAUGGAUGGCAAAGUGCUCUGUGGUUCUCGCAUAAGAGUGGAGUUGUCAACUGGCAUGUCUCGCAAGUCACGCUACGGCCGUCCCAGCCGUCGGCACUUCGACCCCAAUGACCGCUGCUACCAAUGUGGCGAGAGUGGCCAUUAUGCAUAUGACUGCUCUCGCUUUAGCAAGAGGGGAGGAGGCCGUCGCCGCAGCAGGUCCCGCUCACGAUCUCGCUCAAGGUCCAGGGGAAGGCGUUACCGCUCACGCAGCCGAAGCAACGACCGUGACCGGCGUAAUAGAUCCCCAUCAUACUCAAAGCGCAGAAGCAGAUCUGGGUCCCCAGCACGUUCCAAGUCCAGAAGUCCAGUGUGCAGAUCCAGGACCCCAGUCCGUCGGUCCAGGACUCCAGUGCGCAGAUCAGUAAGUCGCUCCCGUUCUCGCUCCCAUUCCCGGUCAGUGUCCCGCCCCAGGGCGCGGAGCGUCUCCAGAUCUCGCUCCAGGUCCCGCUCGGCCACCACCAAGAAGAAGAGCCGAUCCAGGUCUCCCAGCCAGAGGAAAAGCCCCAUACCUGAUGCUGACUGACCAUGGGGGUGAAACCGCUCCAUGCCCUGCUGUUCCCCUAUCCCCAUUUGCCUCAGGGCUUGAAGCCAUUUAACCCCUUUGUCCAUGUAUUUUGAUUUCUUUCUCCUGUCAUUUAGUUUAUUUAUCCCUUGGUGUUCAUCCUCUGGCUUUGGCAUUAUUAUUUCAUCUGUAUGUACAACAAAUUCCCGAACUGUACAUUUCAAUGGCUCUUUUUACAGUGGUGAUGUUUUUAGCUUUCUGUGCAUUUUGAAUUUGUUAGCCUUUGGCCAGUGUUAAUGGCAAAAAAAAUCAUUUUCUGACAUAUUUGGCAAUAUAUCAGCUCCAGUCGAGUGCAUUGAAGUGUACUCAUAGCUGUACUAAAAGCAGAAUGGUUUUAUUUCAUUUUCAAUGUAAAUGGCGGUAUCUUUUUAAUAAAAUGAUUCUUUACACUAGUAA